AUGCCAUACAAGUACCAGAUUUUUAUGUGGAAAGUUAUCCAUAAUGUUGUUCCUGUCAAAGUUAGGAUUUUUAAACACAUGAAUGUUGUUGAUCAACACUGUGUGCUUUGCAAUCUGCAUCAAGUUGAGGAUUUGGAUCACAUGUUACUUCACUGUCCUUUCUCUCAAACAUUUUGGCAGACGUUUUUCCCUCACCACUUUUCUUCUUUUAUGCAGCAUUCUACAAUCCUUUCUUGGAUUCACAGCUGGCAAGACAAGGAAGAUGAUAUAUCUAUUCAGAAGAUUCAAACAUCUAUUCACUUAGCAUCCUGCAUUAUGCAUUUUAUUUGGAAACAUAGAUGUAGAAUUUUCUUUAGUAAUAUAACACUCAAUCACAACUAUGUCAUUCAUCAAGUAAGAUCCUAUAUUGCAUAUCAUCAUUUAGGCCAUACAUAUCAUAAUCAUCACAUUUCUCUUAGAGAUAAUAUCAGUUUGACUCUUACUUGGAAACCACCUCCUUUACAAUUUCUGAAGAUUAACAUUGAUGCUUCUUUUAAUUAUAAUUCCUUAUUAGUUGGUAUUGGAAUUAUAACUAGAACCUCUACAGGAGCAUAUGUUAUGGGAAGGGGGACAGUAAGACGAGCCAUAAAUGUUCAACAAGCUGAAGCCUGGGCAUUGUUGGAGUCUAUGCAACUGGCUGCAUCAAAUGGGUGGACUCAUGUUAUUUUUGAAACGGAUAACCUUAGUAACAGUACUGUUCUGCAACAACAAUCUACUCUUUCUCAUUGGCAAAGUAUGCCUCUUCUUAAAAAAUGUAUGAAUAUAUGUAACAUUAAUCCUGUUUGGUCAUGUGUGUUUGUUCAUAAAUCUUGUAAUAAAACUGCAGAUGCUCUUGCUAAAAAAUCUAGAAAACUUAACGUAUGUGGGGAAUAG